AUUAAAAUUGCCUUUGUUGAUGAAAGUUAAAAAAAGAAUAAUUCGUGGUAAAUGGUUUAGCAAUAAUUAUUAUCGGGAUAGAUAACUUUUUUUUAUUUGUGUAAAGAAGAGUUUAUAGAAUUGAUGACUUUGUUAAAAUUGUAAUGAUCAUUUAUUUAGUGAUUUUUCUUGAUAACCUCGUUUAGGUUGGUAACGAAAGCCGAGUACGUGAAGAAGCAAAACGCAUCUUUGAAACACCGGCUCCCCUAAUUAACAAUUAACAUUCAGUUCUUCGGUAGGAUUUUUUUCAAGAUAUGACUGAUAAUGAAGACUUAGGGCUUGGGUCUGAGGACCAAUUGGACUCGUUGGACGACACCAACGGUAUCAACGACGAUGCUCUUCUGAACGACACCGACGGUGACGGUGGCGGAGCAGAUGACCCAGAACUAGAGGCCAUCAAAGCUAGAGUUAAGGAAAUGGAGGAAGAAGCUGAGAAAUUGAAGCAAUUGCAGAACGAAGUUGAUAAACAGAUGAAUAUGGGAAGUCCUCCUGGACUUACAAGUCCAUUAAACAUGUCUAUUGAAGAAAAAAUGGAAGUGGAUAAUCGCAGCAUAUACGUCGGCAACGUUGAUUACGGCGCAACGGCCGAAGAAUUAGAGCAGCACUUCCACGGAUGCGGUUCUAUAAACCGCGUUACGAUACUUUGUAACAAGUUCGACGGUCACCCGAAGGGUUUCGCUUACAUUGAAUUUGGAGAUCGUGAUUCCGUGCAGACGGCAAUGGCAAUGGAUGAGUCUUUGUUCAGAGGAAGACAAAUUAAGGUGAUGCCGAAACGAACGAAUCGUCCAGGAUUGUCGACCACCAACCGGCCACCAAGGGGUAGAGGGAUGUUCCGCGGAGCCAGUAGGAGCACCACCAGGGGUUAUUUUCCCGGGUAUCGACCCAGUCGCAGGCCAAGGUACAUUCCUGCGUACAACAUAGUUUGCCACAAACAUCAAUAAUUGUACACACACAGUAUCGACUGUCGUGGUUCGAAAAAAUAAAAAAAAUUACUAGACCACUGAUGUCGUUUUAAGGGCUGCUUCUUUCGCUAAUUUUUUUAAGCUAAUUUCAGCUUAAAGUUUUUUUUUAUUUAUUAUAUUAUCAUUGUGUGAUAUUAUUAUUUUUUUUUUUUUGGUUUAAUUUACAUCUGUAUUUUACCGUUUAGAAGCUAACGAUAAACAUAAAGUAGACCUUAAAAUGUGCUUAGUUAAGGUGUAUUUUAUGUGACCCUUGCUCUAAAAGAUUUUCAGAUGAUCUGGUCCUUUUUCAGAUAUGUAUAUCUUAACAAUUAUUGUAAUUUGAAACUUCCAGUGUAUGCUAGCAAGGAAAAUAAAAACACUGAGUACUUUG